CCCUUUAGUCUUCCAGGGGCCAUAGAGGAGACGACCGGAAAAAUUAUGAGCCAGUGUUGCCAUAAUUCUUGUGCUGGUUGACCAGUCUUUCUCCAUUUUGAAAUAUCACCAAUCACAUUACUUUCUUUCACCAUUUUUGUCUUUUUUUUGUGUGCAAAGAUUUGAUUGUCCAGAGAGAAUCGACUUCAUUUUUCUACUUCUUAUCAUCAUGCACACGGAUGCUUUGUUUCUUCACAUAAGAUUUCUAGUUUAGUCUUUAUUUAUUUAUCUUUUUCCGGGUUCUUCUUGUUUUCAUGUUUUGUAUUCUCAUUUCAUUCAUCCGCAACCCCUAACCGCCUGGUUUAUAUUAAUAAGAAGAUUAUGAACGUGAAUUCUGGGAGUUGUUGAGUAACUUAAGAUCUUUGUAGUUGAAAAGAACUUCUUGUGAAAACUGAGUGAAUUUAUUGUUUUGAGAAUUGAGGGUUUGAGAGGGCAGCUUCUCAUCACUGUUCUGGUUUCAUAAGGUUAUAAACCUUUUGAAUGGGGACUGAUGCUGCUGAGGUAGUGCAAACUCUGCCAUCUCCAUAUUCCUUCAAGGUGCAUCGUGUUAUGUGCACAGAACUUAUGAGAUUGGUAGAGAGAACUGCAGGUGUAUUUCCACAAAUCGAAGCAGCUCGGCCUCGCUGUUCAUCUGGAAUUCAAGCACUGUGCAUGUUGAAUAAUGCAAUUGAAAAAGCCAAGUUAAUUCUUCAGUAUUGCAGCGAGUCUAGUAAACUCUAUCUGGCACUAACAGGGGAUGUCAUAGUGUCGAGAUGUCAGAGGUCAAGGAAUUUGUUGGAACAAAGUUUGAGCCAAAUCCAAAACAUGGUUCCAGUAAUGUUGGCUGUUGAGAUCUCUCAAAUUAUUGGUGAUCUUAUGGUUGCAACUUUUCUCCUGGAUUCAUCUGAAGAAGAGGCUGGGAAGGUUGUGCGAGAAUUGCUCCAGCAGGGAGCUUCUGCGUCAGAUUCACUGGAGUGCUCAGAAACCAAAGCUUUACAACUUGCAGCUCGAAGACUUCAUAUUACUACCCCAAAGGCCAUCUUAACAGAGAAAAGAUCUAUAAGGAAGUUGCUGGAUAAAGUUCGUGACAAUGAAUCACCCAAGAAAAAGCUCUUAAAGUACCUUUUGCAUUUGUUGAAGAAGUAUGGAAAUUCAAUUAUGGGAGAGCAGAUAGACAAUGCCUCUGCUCAGGAUAAGGGAUUAUUCUCUGAUUGCAGUCAGCUUGUUGAAGUGGAAUAUCGCACAGGAUUUAAGGAGUAUGAAGCUCAAACUGACAUCUUAAGUAGAGCUAUACUCCCGGAGGAGUUUAAAUGCCCCUUAUCUUCGAAGUUAAUGUAUGACCCUGUUAUCAUUGACUCUGGGCAAACCUUUGAGAGGAUGUGGAUACAAAAGUGGUUGGAUGAGGGUAAUGAUACAUGUCCAAAAACUCAAAUGAAACUGGUCCAUCGAUCUUUGACUCCAAACACAGCCAUAAAGGAACUGAUAUCAAAGUGGUGUACUAAGUAUAGAAUCACCAUUCCUGACCCAAGCAUGCAAACAGAAAGCCUGCACUCACUGGAUACUUCUAUGUCCAUUGCUAGCUUUGGCAGUUCUAUGCAUGAUCUACAGCUUCCAUUGGAUAUUAGCAAUAUAUCAAUUGGAUCUUUAGAUGCUAGUUACAAUUCGGAUAUCCCACACAAUAAGAUUGCAGAUGGGUUAAGUUUGAUAUCAAUGGAGACCAAUGAUGAUUUUCACGGAUUUCAAGCUUCCUCAAACAUAAAUGAGGCAAAUUUAUCUAGGCUUGGUGAACUUAAGUGGGAAGAUCAAUAUAAGGUGGUUGAAUAUGUUAAAAGCCUUUUAAAGCACAAUAGCAAAGCUUGCUUUUCUCUGUCAUCUAUGAAUUCUGUUGAACCUCUCAUGCGAUUUCUAAGGUAUGCACGAGACAUACAUGACAUUAGGGCCCAGAGGGUUGGAUCUCAAUUGUUAUUGGCAUUUAUAAGCAAAAACAGAAGUGGAAUACCAUGCUUGGAUGAAAAUGAGUUUUUACUGCUGGCAUCUUUUCUUGAUUCAGAAGUGAGUGAGGCUUUUGCAAUCAUUGAAGAGUUAUCCGGGUAUCGAUAUUGUAGAACUAAAAUUGUAUCAUCUGGAGCUCUUGCGUCCAUCCUAAAGAUCCUUGACUCCAAGAACAGAGAACUCAAGGAGCAUGCUAUAAAAAUUCUGCAUAAUUUGUCAUCAGACAGUGAAACUUAUUCCCACAUUGCACCUUCAGAGUGCAUACCAAAAUUGGUUCCCUUUUUAAAGGAUACUGCCCUUGCAGGGCACUGUAUAACAGUGUUGAAAAACAUGUGUAACAAUGAAGCGGCUAGAGCUUGUAUUGCUGAAACCAGUGGGAGUCUGGCUUCUCUGGCUGAACUACUUGAACUGGGAAGCCAGGAGGAACAGGAACAUGCGGUGACCAUUCUCCUUUCCUUAUGUUCGCAGCAUGUUCGUUAUUGCCAUUUGGUCAUGAGUGAAGGUGUUAUCCCAUCCCUCGUGAGUAUAUCAAUUAAUGGGAAUGACAAUGGAAAGGUGACAGCAUUGGAAUUGCUUCGUCUCCUGAGAGACAUCCAACCCAGCGUUGAGCAAGAAUGUAUCGAGUCUGAUCAUGAAAACUCUUCCGGAGAUUCAGACAACUACACUAAAGAAAAGAAAUCAUCCGGGUUUUUUGCAUGGAAACUUUCAGUGUUUUCAAAAACCAAGUUCGCUCGCACCUAGAAAGAAAUGAAACUUCAUGUUUAGCUCUUUUUUCAUUACUGAUUUAGUAGCAGAGACUCAAAAUACAUAUACAAUACACGAUACAAAUAACAUAGCAUGUGAUUUAGGAUCUUCUUCCACCAAGGCUGGAGGGCUUUUGCUUCUAAUUAGAAUUCUCAACAUGUAGUGUUUUCUAUGAAGUAUUUUGUAUCACUAUUUACCGGAUCCGAUUAAUGUACAGUUUUUUAUGGUGUGUUGUUUUUUUAA